UUGCCCUGGAAAGGAAAUCAUCCCCCCUACCGAACAAUCACACUGGAAGUUUAAAACGUCUCAAAAAUCUCGUGCGGAAGUUAGAGAUACAAGGCGAGCUGGAGAGGUACAACGACAUUAUCCAGACUCAACUGAGCCAAGGGAUCGUAGAACACGCUGACGAGGUGGUCAAGGACGGAAAAGAGUUCUACAUUCCUCAUAAAGCGGUCGUGCGCGAGAAUGCAGAAUCUACAAAGAUACGCAUUGUUUAUGAUGCUUCUGCAAGAGCUAAUGCAAGUGUCCCCUCACUCAACGAGUGCCUCGAAAUCGGCCCUCCACUACAAAACCAGCUUUGGAACGUGCUGGUACGAAAUAGGUUCUAUCCCGUGGCAAUAGCUGGCGACUUAAAACAAGCAUUUUUGCAAAUUCGCGUCCGAAGAGAAGACCGAGAUGCCUUACGCUUUCAUUGGAUAAAGGAUCUGGCAAGCAAACAAGUAGAAACCUUGCGAUUCACUCGAGUACUCUUUGGUUUGGCACCGUCUCCAUUCCUCUUGGCCGCAGUUAUCAAAGAACAUCUACAGCGAUACAAAAUGGUGAACCCGGAAUUAGUAGAGGAGAUAGAGCGCAGUAUGUACGUGGAUGAUUUAAUCAGUGGUGGGGAGACAACAGAACAAGCGUUAGAAAUCAAGAUGACAGCCACGACCAUCUUUGGUGAGGCGACUUUCAAGCUGCACAAGUGGCAUUCCAACGAUCGGGAACUAGAAGUUGAAACUGCGACUGUAGAUGAAGAAAGUCAGAGUUACGCCAAACAACAACUGGGAACCAGAAAGGGCGAAUCAAAACUGCUAGGAGUCCCCUGGGACAAAGAAAAGGACGAAAUUCAAGUCAGCUUCCCGAUUUCAACCGCUGAGCCGACAAAAAGAGGUAUUCUUGGAAAAGUCGCAAAAAUCUACGAUCCACUCGGUCUGGCUUCACCCGUGACCCUCUCCGGAAAAAUGCUCUACAGAGACGCCUGCGACACGAAGAUCGCGUGGGAUAGGCCCCUACCAAGUGACUUACAAGCCAAAUGGAAGAAAUGGGAGCAAGGACUUCCAGAGCACGUGAACGCGCCAAGAAAUGUCGUCAAGCAUUCAGGGAAGAUAUUAUCAAUCGACUUACACACAUUCGGGGACGCAAGCGGGAAAGGAGUUGCAGCCGCGGUUUAUGCAGUGGUGGAGCAACCAUCAGGCACGAAUCGAGGCCUCGUGACGGCGAAGUCGCGGCUCGCGAAGAAAGGACUCACGAUUCCCCGAUUAGAACUAGUGGCUGGACAUAUGGCUGCGAACCUAGUACACAAUGUGAAAGAAGUCCUGAAGGGUUUUCCCGUAAGAAGUGUCUAUGGUUGGCUGGAUAGCACAGUCGCACUGCAUUGGAUCCGUGGUAAUGGCGAAUACAAACAGUUCGUGGGAAAUCGAGUGAGGAAGAUCCAGGAAAAAGAAAUCAACUGGAGGCAUGUACUAACAGAGGAGAAUCCAGUGGACGUGGGGAGUAGGGGAGGAGAUAUUAGUAGAUUGACAGCUCUUUGGUGGCAGGGACCAAGCUGGUUAGCAAAACCACACGACUGGCCACCAGACCUUGUAACGACAUCUACUCAAGAAUCAAAAGCGGAAGAAGCGAAACAAACUCGCGAGUUGUUUGCUCUAGCAGUAGAGAAAACAGAGAACAACGACGCCUUCGAUGCACUGCUGGAGAAGUACGAGCUGUGGCGUGUGUUGCGAGUGGGUGCUUGGAUCUGGAGAUUCCUCCACAACAUAAGAACCGUCCGUAAACAGAGAAUCGUUGGUCCCCUUACCACUGAAGAAAUACAGAAACAGACAACGUUCUGGAUCAAGCGAUCUCAGCAACAAGCAAAGUCGAGCCAGAAAUUUGAAGAAGACCGUUUACAGUUGAAUGUGCAAGGAAACCAAGAGGGAAUAUUAGAAUGUAGGGGAAGAAUUCAAGGCCAUUACCCCAUCUUUCUGCCAGACUCCUCGCCCUUCACUCGCAAGUUAGUUCACCGAUCACAUGUCGACACACUGCACGGAGGAGUGGCCCUUACCAUGACCAAAGUGCGAGAGCUAUACUGGGUACCGCGUUUAAGGGCACUCGUAAAACAAGUUCUCAGAGCGUGUUCAGGCUGCAAGCGUUUUCAGGCCAUGGCGCUGGCAACGCCGCCUCCCGGACUUCUACCCACUGACCGCACAGAGGGGAGCACCCCAUUUGAGGUUAUCGGAGUCGAUUUUGCAGGGCCCAUCAAGUACCGUAUCAGAGCCAAAACAGAAGGAAAGGCCUAUCUUGCAUUGUACGCGUGCAGUCUUACCCGAGGAUUAUUCCUAAGUACUACCAAACCUGGCAACCAGUGA